AUGAAGAAAGGACGCCUCCUUUCAUCCCAGGGCUGUGGCUGCCUCUUGGCUCCUUCCCCCUCCGAAGGAGGUCCAAGACUGGGCCCCAGAAGGCGGUGGGCAAAUUCCACGCCGUCCCGAGAUAAGGAGCCACGAAAAGCGCUAAUCUGUCGGGUGAAGCGCCGUUGGAAUCUGGGAAACAGAGAGGAGAGGGGAGCAGGCUAUCCCACGUACGCACCCCUUCUACUUGAGGAGAAGCCUCGGCUGGCCCGCGUGGAGGAAGGAGCUCCGUUCGCAGAGAGCCGGGCCCAGCCCCAAAACCCGUUUUUCCAGCGGGAAAAGCUGCUCUUCUCUUCAGACCUGGACAACUGCAACCCCCCACCCCACUCUCCGUUCAUCUCUGCCCACGAUUUAAAUGAAACCGCGUCCCAGUCUCUCUUCCUUGCGGGCUGGAGGCAAAUCCAGCCUUGGCCUAUCGCAGCCUCCCACUCGGCCACCGCUGAUCCUGGAGGAAGCUCAGCUGAGCUGCUGCAGGUGCGCUCGGAGGCCCCUGGUGGGAAGCUGCCCUCUCCUCCUCCCCUUUCCACCCAGGAGCCCGGACCUCCGGGACCCUCUCUCGAGUCUGGAAGCCCCCCUCGCUCCCUCGCGGCUUCCAGGCAAGGGCUGUUGCUGGAGAGGCGGCGAUUCCUGCAGGAAAAACGGAGGCGAUAACGGCCCGCUUUCUCUCACUGUGGCGGGGCAACAAAAAACGACAAGUGAAGCCAGACGGACCUUCCCUGAUUCUUUGCCAAUUUCAGCCGCUUUCCCAAGGAAGUCCGAGAGGCGGUAGCUUGGGGCAAACAGCUUUCACUCUUCAAGCGACCCUUUCUUCCUUCCUUCCUGGGCAGAAUCCAAGGUGAAUGAAGGGAGCCGACUGCAGCGCAGCGCCUCACAACCGGGAGAACUGCUGGGGAGUCCCGCAGAGGGACCCAGCAGGCCUUGUGCUGAAGGCGGCAGCGGACAAGGUCUUAAAAUUUAAUGUGUUUAUCUGUCAAUAAUUUGUCAAA